AGAUGGCCGUUGAAAAAGAAAUGACAUUUGGCGCCAGUAACAUAAAGGAGGCAAGAAAUAUCAGUUGGAACAAUGUUUUCUUGUAUUGGUGGCACAGUGAUGAAAUAAAAAUUGACUAUAACAUUUGAAAAGUGAAGAGCGAAUGUAAAGCAUAAAAUGAAUCUCAAACAUGUUACAGAAGAAUCCUCAUAUUUUAACAACUCUCAUCCGUCUUCUAAUAGAAGGAGAUCAUUAUUUCCUUCUGAAAUUACAGACUCUGAGUCAGAUUCUGACUUAGGACAUAUAAGUCCUCUAAAUUUUGACACUAGUUUUGAACUUGGGGAUUUUACACCUCUAGCUUCAAAACAGAGUAAAAAUGAUGAAGAAUUUGAAGAUACAGUUGGAGAGUACGAUAUCUUAGGAAUAUUACAGACUGAUGAUUCUCAGGAGGCUGUACCUCCUCUGUAUCUCAGUCCGCUUUAUAGAAAAGCUCAUUUAUCUGAAACCCCUCAAACAUCCCCUACAUCUAUUAAACUCAAAACACCACAUGAUUCCUCUAAUACCAAUACAAAAUUACCCAAACUUUCACGUAAAUCUCUUUUAGAUUCCUCGGAUGUACCCAGUAAAAGAAAGAUAUCACCUGAUAAUUCUCCUGAACAAAGUAAACAGAUCAAACUUGAUCCAAAAUCCUCUCGUGUAAGAACUACCUUAUUUCCUGAAGUAGAUUUUGCACUUCCUACAACAUUAUUUUAUCCUAAAACAGAGUCAAUGGACAAAAGUACAGAAAAGAAACGUGAUGUAUCCAGAUCAUCUGUUGUAUUUACAAAGAAUCAAAAAAUUCGUUCACGUAAAAAAAUUGGUCAAAUCAAUGCAGGGGUUCAUCAUAAAAUUAAGCGACCUAAACCAAAGAAAUUACAUAAAACUAGAUCAGUACAGAAAAAGUUGAGUGUUUCUGAAUGCAAUGCAAUUUCAGACUACAUUGAAUCUCUUAAGCAAGUUCAAAAUUCUGCAUUGGCCCCUAAGCUGAUUGAAAAUAAAGAAAAUAAUGUUCCAGAAGUGUUACAAUUUAGACAAAUUACACCUGCUAAUGAUUUAUCUAAGCAAAUUACUACAGCCGAAAUUAAAGAUUCAAGAAAACGUGCCUUAAGUCCAGAUCCUGUACCAGAUCCAAGCAGAAAAUUUUUUAAAUUCUCAAGAGGUAAAGGUGUAGUUAAGAUGAAUAAAUCCCUUCAGUUAGAAAUGGACCAUGGAAAGUUAUCUUUAAUUAACAAAAACAAACAAAAAAAUCAAAAUAGAAUCAAUAGUUUCAAUUUAAAUUGUUCAGACGACUUAAUUGAAGAUGAAUCAGAAACAUUGAAUACAAAUAUUGAAGAAAUCAUAUGUUCCCUAGAAGAAGAAUCUGUUCCCAAAAAAAAUACAAUUGUUCUUCAAGCUCAUAAUUCAGUACUCGCUUCUGAAAACUCUAUACUUCUCCACCAGCCAAAUAAUGCUGCCGAUCUAAUACUGUCCCCAAUUUCACACAUGUGUGAUGUUACUUCUGGCUUGGCCUUAAAUUCUCCUAAAAGAUGCAGAAAUUUGAAUCCAAUUUUAGAUGGAAUAAAUAACACUUCAAAUUUGGAGAAAAAUGAUAAACUCUUUCCAGUUUUUUAUCCACAAACUGCAAAAUUGAAGCCGAAAAAUACUGAAAAAACUGUUAAUGCAGAUAAAAAGUUGAAAAAGCUACCACCAUCUCAGAUGCUUCUGGAUGCCGGCCAGAAAAAAUUUGGAAUGACCCAAUGCAAUGAAUGCAAUAUUGUGUAUCAUAUGGGAGAUCCCAAUGAUGAAAUGAUGCAUUUGAACUACCAUACUGCUCAACAUGUUUUACGAUUUCCUGGAUGGAAGAAGGAGAGAAUUGUAUUCAAUCUUCAAGAUGAUAGUAGGAUAAUACAUAUUGUACCAGGUGACUCAAAAAUAUGGUGGAAAAAAGUCGGUGAUUUGAUGGAGAUCAUUAAUCGAGAAAUGGGAUGCUAUAAUAUGGAUUUUUCCCUUGAUAAUUGUCAGGCAUUUUUGUACAUAAAAAAGAAGAUAAUCGUAGGAUGUCUCAUUGCUACUAGCAAAUCUGAAGGAUACAAAUUACUUUCUCCCAUUGAAAGUGAAGUUGAUGUUUGUUCCGAAGAAAAAUAUCCAAUCAAAUGCGGAGUACCGAGAAUUUGGGUAUCAGUAAAUAAUAGAAAACAAGGAAUAGCUACAAAAAUGAUGGAUGUUUUAAGAAGGAAUUUUAUUUUUGGGUAUACUUUAGAUAAUUUUGAUAUAGCUUUCAGUUCACCAACUGACGAUGGCAAAAUAUUUGCUCAAAUUUAUUUUGGAACUAACAAUUUUUACAUAUAUUAAUAGUGAAUAAGUUACCUUAAUAACCCAGAUCCUCGAAUACUUAAACACUAUUAGUGAAUUAGUUUAAUGCCUUGUUUACUUCUGGUGACAAAUGCUAAGGCAGUUUUCAAUUCUGAAUUAAUGUAUAUCCAAAUCGGACAUUUUAGAGUUUUAUUAGUUAUAAGUUUUAAAAAUAUUUAUUAUUCCAAUAGUGAAGCUUACAUGUUACAUACCUCUCUUAUUUUUAUAUAUUAAACUAUUUAUUCACUAGUAACACCUACCGAUCAUCUUCAUUUGUAAAUGGUUUUCCAAACCAGUAGGCAAUAUUGCCUAUUUUGCUAAAUAAAGCCUCUCCAGAAUAGAAGUUCAAUAUUUUUCUUGUGUUUAUCUGUUUGUCGGAUCAUUAUCUCUUGCAAGUUUUACAUUUUAGUCAUUAUCCAUUUUUAUUCAGGAAUCUUUUAUAUUAUCUACGCAAAAACAUAUUCUGUGAGAUAAAGGAUCUUGUGAAGAAGUCUAGUACUCUUUUCAUUGCUUCGAUCUUUUUCUCUGGUGUUUUUGUUUCUUGUUAGAUCAAUAUUUAUUGCAUGUUCUACGAGUCAGUUUUCAUCCAUUUUUAUUUUAGAAAUUUCUAUAACGUAUCUAUUUAAUUACAUCUUUUAUUUGAUUUAGUCAAGACUGUCCUCAUCCAUUAAUUUUUGAAAGGUUCUAUGUCUUAUAUAUUUAAUUAUAUCUACUAUUAGAUAAGUGGUAUUAUGAAGAAGAAGUCUAGUACUCUUUUCAAUGCUUUGAUUAUUUUUUUAUUUUUUCGUGUCAUUUCAUUGUUUCUUGCAAGUUUUACUAGUCAGUCUUCAUACAUUCUUAUUUUGGAAGUUUCCAUAUUAUAUAUAUUCAACUACAUCUUCUAUUUGAUAUAUGAUAUGAUAAAUAAGACUGGUACUUUUUCUAUUGCUUUUAUAUUUUUUCUUGUAUUUCAUUUUUUGUUGAAUCAUUGUCCCUUGUAAGUUAUACAAGUCAGUCCCCAUCCAUUGUUUCUAUGUCUAUUCUGCUAUUAGAUACAUGAUCUUAUGAAGAAGAAGUCUAGCACCCCUUCCAUUGCUCAAAGUUGUUUUGGGAUUAGUCUCUUGUUAGAUCAUUAUCUCAGUCAGUCUUUGGCUAUUCUUAUUUUGCCAAAUAAAGCCCCUUCGGAAUAGAAGAAAGUCCAUGUUUUUUCUUGUGUUUAUUUUCUUGUUGGAUCAUUGUCUCUUGCGAGCUUUAUUCUUUAGUCUUUAUCCAUUUUUAUCCCGGAAUGUUUGAUUGUAUAUAUUUAAAAACAUUUUGUAUGUAAUAAAUGAUCUUCUCUGAAGAAUUCUAGUCUCUUUCCAUUGCUUAAAUAUUUUUUCUUGUGUUUUGUUUCUUGUCGGAUGGAAGUUUUAUAAGACAGUCUUCAUACGUUUUAAUUGUUUGAUGUUUCUAUAUCAUAUAUAUUUAACUGCAUCUUAUAUUUCAUAUAUGAUCGCGUGAAGAAGAAGUCUGGUACUCUUUUAAUUACUUUAAUGUUUUUUUGGGUAUUUUUUCAUCAUUUCUUAAAAGCUUUAUAACUUGGUAUUCAUCAAUUCUUACUUUGUAAAUUUCUGUAUCGUACAUCUUAUAGUUGAUAUAUGUUUCAUGAAGAAGAAGUCCAAUACUCUUUCCUUUGCUUCUAUAUUUUUUUUGUAUUUCAUUUUUUGUUGGCUCAUUGUCCCUUGCAAGUUCUACAAGUCGGUUUUCAUCCAUUCUUAUGAUGGAUGUUUCUAUCUACUCUUUCCAUUGCUUCGGUGUUUUCUUUUGUUUGAAGUUUAUUUCUUGCAAGUCUCUCUUUAUUAAUUUUUGUUGAGGAAUAUCCUCCUUCAUACAUUUAACUGUAUCUUGUAUUUCCUGUAGUCACAAUUUCCAAGGUAAUAGGAUUCUAAUCAAAAUUUUGUAUAUUCUCAUUUUGUUUAGCCUGCAUAUUUACUGGAUAUUUACAUAUUUUCCAGGUAUGUUUUGCUUCCACUGGGAAUUGUUUAAUCAUUAACACUUGUACAAUAUUCCCUUUAAAAGAUUUUGUUGUAGAGCGUGACUUGAUUGUAUCUUUUACUUCGAUUACUCUUGCAAAACCUAGGAUUUCUUGGUUAUCAUGUAGGUGUUGUUUGAUGUUUUCCUCUUCUUUACAUAUACCUCAGAAGUCUGUGUUAUUAUCAGGGUCUUUGUUUAUUGUAAUUAUCUCUGCCACAGCUUUCGCAUUUUGCUCUUAUAAACUAUUCCGUGGUUUGUUGCCUUAGUUAUUUAGGUAUAUCCAAAAUACUUGGUUUCUGGGAGUUGCUCCAUUGUUUGUUUCUGUUUUUCUUGUUCAUAUAUUUUAUUUUGAUGAUUGGAAGGAACAAGAUUAACAGAUUCAGUUUGCUGACGUAAUUCCCGAUAUAGUUGUUCAUUUUAUUUAGUUAAAUAAUACAAGGUACAAACUAUUAGUUAAGUUUAAAAAAAAAUUAGUUUUAGGUCUGAUUUUAACUAGGAUCUGGAUUUAUAGCCAGUAUUAUUUAUUUUUUUUGUAUAACUGUUAAAAUAAACUUUUAAUUUUUUAUGUUUUAAGGAAAACCAUGGUGAAUAUUUUUUUUUCUCAAGUAUUUUAAAGAUUUGUAAGUUUUAUACAUUUUUGUCCAGUGAUUAAAAACGUUAUUUUA